CAUGAUGUUACAUCUCUAUAAAAUUGUGCAAUCAUCCACAUAUGUCAUAUAUAUCAUAUAAACUUUAAAUAGUAGUAUAUAAAUGCCAAAAAAAGAAGAAAAAAGAGAUAGAAGAAAAGGAGGAAGGUCCCCCACAGCCACGGUGAGUGUCUUAAAAGAUAACCACAAACAAACCAACCCGCAGAGACAUAAACCAAAGUUUGUAAAAAAGACUUUGGGGACUCCUCGUCACGUCUCUCCCCACACCACACGUUUUUUUGUGUCCUAAAGAAGAAGAAGAAGAAGAAGAGACUCCCUUUUAUACUUUCUUUGUGGGAUGCAUCGACUGCUGCUGCUUGAAUCCCGCGGCGGUAACGAGACGAGCGUCAGCGGCGGUGAUGGGUACCUGAGGGACAUGAACUUCGACGCCAACAUGGUUAUCAUACUCGCUGCUCUUCUCUGCGCCUUGAUACUUGCGCUUGGCCUGAAUUCCAUCCUCCGGUGCGCCAUGCGAUGCGGUUUGGGGUUAUCACCAUCUCGUUCUCGGACGACGACCAUGGCCGUGGACGACAGAACUGGAUUGAAGAAGCGAGAGCUGAACAAGUUUCCUGUGACCGCUUACGGUUCGAGCGACGUGGAUAUAGCGGCGACGGAGUGCGCAAUCUGUUUGGGUGAAUUCGCGGACGGCGAGAGAGUCCGAGUUCUGCCGCCGUGUAAUCACAGCUUCCACGUGUCUUGCAUCGACACCUGGCUUCUCUCUCACUCUUCUUGUCCUUAUUGUCGCCAUUCACUCAUCCCCCCGCCGGGAUCUUCAUAGAUAUAUUUUUUCUCAAUAAAAUAAUUAACCCACCCAACUACUACUAGUAUGCCCUAGUACAUACGUUUAUUACAGAUUCCUAUAUAUGUAUGUAGCUAGUGAUCUCUUAAAGUCUUCACUUGUUGUACUAGUUGCAUUUAUGUUGAUGCCUACAAAAUACGUAACCUCUCCGUUGCUGCUA